AUGGCUCGUACUAAGCAAACUGCCCGUAAAUCAACUGGUGGUAAAGCACCUAGAAAACAAUUGGCCACCAAGGCAGCCCGUAAAAGUGCUCCAGCAACGGGAGGUGUGAAAAAACCUCAUCGUUACAGACCAGGAACUGUAGCAUUACGUGAAAUUCGUCGGUAUCAGAAGAGUACUGAACUGCUUAUCAGAAAAUUACCAUUUCAGAGAUUGGUAAGAGAAAUUGCCCAAGAUUUCAAAACUGAUCUUCGUUUUCAAAGUUCAGCUGUAAUGGCUCUUCAAGAAGCCAGCGAGGCAUAUUUAGUUGGUUUGUUUGAAGAUACAAAUUUGUGUGCCAUCCAUGCAAAACGCGUCACAAUUAUGCCUAAAGAUAUUCAAUUGGCGCGACGAAUUAGAGGAGAACGUGCCUAA